AUGUCAACAACAACAGCAAGUUACGAGCGGAUAUCCAACAAAUACGAACCACCUUCAAAGGGAAUAAUCGAUAUCUAUUCGCAAAAGGGAUUUGUUUUGGAUAGUAAUGGUGAUUCACGGUGUGUAAAGUCGAUCAAUCAGUUACCCGUCCGAUUACCACCUUCACCAGCCGAUAGUGACAAGAUGGAUAUUAGUCGACCAUCCUCAUCGCCCUCGCCCAUCAUUAUUGAAGGCCAGCGUAUCACUAGAGAUAUUUCACGUGGCACGCCCGGCGAUAUCACCAAAUCGAAUAUGCCCAAAUCACCAGAGCAGAAACAGUUGGCGAAGAAGAGAAGUCAGUAUUAUGGCGAUGCUUUUGCAUAUCGAGAGCCGGCCAGCAGUGCUAGGGAGAGGAUGCGUGAAGAACACACCCUUCUCACAAGUCUUUCCAAUAUCCUCUCAACCCGCUAUCAACGCCCCGAAUCCUCCAUUUUCGUCACCCUCAAACACUCCGCAUGCUUCAUUGUAGCUGGUACCUUUGAACCUGCCUAUAUUAUGACUAUAACUGCGCUUCCAUCACAGAUGCAACCCGUCACGAAUAAGAGAAAUACAUCGCUGUUGCAAAAUUAUAUGGCCACGACUGAAUUAUAUGUUGAACCAGAGCGCGGUAUCAUUAAGUUUGUGCCAUUGGCAGAGGAGAACUUUGCCACAAACGGGAGGACGGUUGCUGGUGAGAUUGAAGAACUGGAACGAGAGGUCGCGAACGAUGGCUCGGGAUCAGGACGCUUGCAACCACCGGGGACUGUCAAAAGUAAGAAGAGAAUGAGCACAAAGUCCACUAGGAGUCUCAAAACCAAGCAUAUGCAAACUCAUGAAGAAUAUACCCCGUCCGUCAGUUCCGGAGCAACACCGCCAUUACCGCCUUUGCCAAUUGAACCGAGUGCGUUAGAUAAACAGGCAAUGCAUGUGCAAAGAAUAGGGAGAAGAAAGAGUUUUAUGGCUGCAGUUUUUGGAAACAAGUCAAAGUCUUGA